AUGUCGUUGCGGACCGUCGUGGAGGUGGCUCUCCACUUCGAGAGCUUCAGGAACGUCGACCUCUUCCACCAGGGGCUGUACCAUCUGAGGGCUCGCGUCUACCGGGAGGAGGGCAGCAGGCAGCUGCUCGCGUCCCCAUACGGCCACUUCCGGAGCCAAACGCAGGUGGACGCUGCGAAGGCCAGGCCGAGUCGCACGGACCGUCCGGACCACCACCACUUGAUCCCAGCACAUGUCGUCGAUGAAAUGUGCACCUUCUCCACGCGGAGUUUUCUCAUUCGAUAUUGUGAGGAAGAUGUGGAGCUCGAUGACAUAGGCCAGUUCCGGAUGGAGCUCUGGUCGGGCGAGGAGGACUGUGGCCCGUUUGUGGUAGAGGUCGACCUGAUGUUUGCCGAUCUAACCGCACAUGGUGGAGCAGACCGGUUCGGCGAGCAGCCAGACGUCGAGUCCACGGAGUUCAAGAAUGUGAGCACGCUUGCCCUCAGAAUACACCACGCGGAGAAGGGUGUCCACGAGUUUGUCCCCAUCGUGUUCGACGAGUACCACUUCUGCCUCGUGAACAUGGUCGUCCACACGGCCGUGCUGGACGUGCGCCCGCGGCUGCGGCCGCAGGACCUGCUGCUGGUCCGGCGGAGGCCGCCCGCCGGCAAGGGCGCUGCUGCCAGCGUCGAGGGCCCCCCGCAGCCGGGCGGACCGCUCGGCACGCCGGUGAGCGUCUCGAGGACGCCCGCGCGGCGGGGCCAGUCCCAGCAGUGCCAGCCCCCGCUGUCGCUGGGCGAGGCACUGUUUGGCAGCGUGGGAGCUUCUCCGGAGGAGCUGCUGGAGCGGGUGGAGGAGUUGUACUGGAAGCACGUGGGCACCCUGGCAGACUCUUACAGCAAGCAGCUGGCCUGGCUGGAGAGGAUCUGUGCCAGGUGCCUCUCGCGGCAGCAGCAGGAGAUCUUCAAAGACUGCCUCGGCCGACCUGAGCUGAGACUGCCUGAGGGCAUGCCAGCUGGGGGUCGCCUGCCGAACGACGCCCCAGCACACGCGUCAACUGCUUUGAGGGAGAGCUUGAAAGCUAGACUCGGGCCAUCGCCGACAGAACGCACGGUGGCCAUGCAUUUCGUGCAGGAUAUAGACGCGGUCUCUGCGCAAAUCGUGGAGGUAUGGAAUCAGUCGCUGGGGGUCAUGUCCAGCGUCUGCAGGGAGGUCGCUGCGCUGCUACGAAUAGACUGGGAGAAGUGCAUAAUCGACCGGUGGGCCGUGUGCAUCCGAAAGGACGUGAUGCCCGACAACAUUGCGGAGCCCACCGACAAGAAUAUAGGCAUUCUUCACGGCGACCAGGCAGAGGCGACACGCAAGCAGCUCGCGUCUCAGCCUGUAGAGUGGAGUGGCCCCUGCGUGGAGGACACGACCCUGUUUCCGCCCACGAGCCAACGCCCAGUCCUCUUCGAGCAGAGUUAUCUGCCUCGGCCCCUCUCGAGUAAGAACACGAGUGACGCAGGCGCCUCAGCUCCCAGCGAGAAUGAGAGGUUGCUGCCGUCAGCUCCGAAGGAAUACGACGGGGUGCACCUGUUUGUCUUGGUGCAUGGUUUCCAAGGGAACUCCUACGACAUGCGGUUGAUGAAGAACAAUAUAGCACUUCUCUUCCCAGAAGCUAUUUGUUUAUGCUCUUCCGCCAAUGAGGACAACACCGAUGGGGACGUGAAUGAGAUGGGCAUCAGACUGGCACAGGAGGUGGUAAAUUACAUCAGCGACUGGUGCCCCGCCUCCGCGCUGGGCAGGCUAAGCUUCAUCGCACAUUCGAUGGGUGGCCUCAUUGUUCGAGCAGCACUGCCUCUGCUGAGCGAAUAUAGCAGCCAUAUGCACACAAUGCUAACCUUCUCGACCCCGCACGCUGGGUACUUUAUGAACAGCCUCUCGCUCUUCCACGUCGGCCUGCAGAUUCUGCAGACGUGGCGUCAAUCGCAGUGCCUGUCGCAGAUCUCCAUGGCGGACCACUCGGACCCGCGGGAGACCUUCAUGUACAAGCUGAGCAAGAGCAAGGGCCUGGAGUUCUUUGAGCAUGUGGCACUGGUGUCCUGCCCCAGUGACCAGUACGCCUCCUUCGACUCCGCCCGCAUAGAGAUAGGCGGCAUGCUGGAUAAGCACCCAAACCAGGACGCGUACGUGUCCAUGGUGCGCAACAUUUGGGAGCCCGUGAAGCCGGAGAGGGUGAUCCGCUUCGACGUGGAUUUCAGCAUCCCAGAGCAGAAUUUGGACACCUUCAUUGGCCGGGCGUCUCACAUCCAGUUCCUAGAGUGCCAGUCAAUAAUGAAGAUGAUCAUUCACGAGUACGCUUGGCUCUUCAGGCGGCCGAGCGCCGCGACGCUGGCCGCCCAUGGCUGCCCGGCCAGUGCGCCGCACCUCCGCUUUGCAGGUCCGGCGCCGAGGUGGGCCCGUGAGCCCUCCGCGCCCAGCAGGACGGCCCCGCCGCGCCAUGCGCUCGGGCAGCGCCGCGCUGCCGAGCUCGAGGCCGCCUGCAGGGCCUCUGCCCUGCAGGCGGCGGCCCGGCAGAGGAGGGCCGCCGGCGCGCAGGCCUCGGCCGUCCAGCCGGCGGCCCCAGCGCCGCCUCGCGCAGGCCGACAGCGCCAGCUUUUGCUCCAGCCACGGGCACGCCUGGCUGAUGUGGCGUCUAGCAUGGCGGUCUUCGGUCGCACCCGCCCCGCGGCGUCCAGCACGGCCACCGCCGUCGACUUUGGCUCAGACCAGUGCUCGCGUGUCCAGAGCCAACGCCCAGGCCGGGCGCUCGACUGCUCCGCCUCGCUGCGCACAGAGGCACGCCUCCAGCUGCUCGCGGUCAGGGACAUCAUGGAACGGCGCGGCCAGUUAGGCGGUGGCCCAUGCCAGAUGCCGGCGAGCUCGAGCGCCUACCGGACGUGCCUCACGGGGUGCGGAGCCGACGUGCGGGGCCUGUCGGACGAGCAGGUGGAUGCUCUCCUGCAGGGCGUGAAGCUGCGCCUUGCGCUGCACCGUGAGCCGGCGAGCGCGGAGAUUGCGCGGUGGCAGCUCGUGGACGUCACCGCGGCGGCGGUGGCGGACGCGCUCGCACGCCUCCCGCCGUCUGCCACGGCCGAGGGGGUGAUCUGGAAGGCAACCCUGCGCGCGGUCAGCUCGGCGCGGUACGCCGAGGUCGUGGACGACGAGCACGAGUUCACGCUGCUUUGCAAGCAGGUGCGGCUGCGGCACUUGCCCGGCCUGGGGCAGGACAUGGGUCAGGCAGAGAUUGGGGCCGCCAUGUUCCCGCUAGCGCCACAGCGGCGCUGGCCAGCCUCGCUCGCGCGCCCAGCGGCCGACAGAGCAAAGCGGUCCACGGCGCACGAGCUUGACGAGAUCAAGCUAGAGACGGUCACGCAGGACCGCGAGAAGAAGCACAACCCAGAGGCCCACGGAGACCCAGAGGAACACGCCGAGGACCCAGACGAGGUCUACGUAGACCUAGGUGGCGGAUGCGGAGCAACCAUCGUGAUGGGUGUCGGCAAGUUCUGCGGCGUGGCCCAACACAUAGUGGCAUGGUGCGACGGGCGGGGCGGAAUCUUGCAGCGCGAGACGGCAGGCCUGGUCAAGCUGAGCAAGACCGAUAAACGCUACGCUCUGGUGCGCUGGGUGCGAGACGACGGCGCCUGGGACAGUGCGAUGGGGGACGUCGCGCUGGUGGCGCCUGUGGGAAACGCGAGGCAGUGCUCCGACCAGUGGGAGUUCCUCGACCAGCGACGCGCAAACGUGUCGACGGUGGGCGGCGCCAUCCCUUCUGGCCAGCUCGACUGCGGCCAGGCGGGACAGGAGGGCGCCCCCGUCAACUGUGAGAUCGUGGUCGGUAACGACGCGUGGGCGGGCAGCGCAUGGAGCGCAGCGAUCGUCAAUGACGGCCUCGACGACGUCUACGCGAUAGCCUCGGCAACGUCGAGGUUGGCAGAGCUCGGCCACUCGCGAGCGGGGCUGCAAGCUGGUGGAGUAGCGGGGGCCGCUCUCAUCGCAGCGGUGAGGGCUAGGGCGAUCCAGGGCGGGAUGCGCGCGGAGAUCGUCGUGGGGCAGUCGGGGGGGUGGCGCAAAUCCCAGACCAAUGGAUGGGCAGAGCGAGCUAUCCAGACCACGAGGAAGCAGGUCACGGCACUGAUGCUCGCAGCAUCCCAGACGCUUGGAGGCAGGCGCGGCGCGGGGCUCCACCGCCGAAGCGUGGUGUGGGAGGGCGCCGGCCUGACCCGCUACGAGAAGACGCGCGUGAUCAAGUAUGCAGUGGCGUGCAGACGACCAGGGGCGCGCAUCAAAAAGCUUGAGCUUUCCUGGCUGGAAGUGUUCUGGCAUGGCAGAGGCGCGAGGGCGGGCGAGCGCCUGAUCGGCACCCUGAUGGGAAUUCGCCGAUCACGAGCCAUGCGGCGGAAGGUGGGGGUCAGGCGGUGGUGCCCAGCAUUGUUCGACAUGAUGGCGUGGGCACCGUGGGGGCGAAGGCCUGCGACGCGUAGUUUCGAGCCUCGGUUCUCCGACCGCGAGAACUUCGUGGUCGCCGCUCCGUCGCUGCCCCAGCUGCAGGCGAUGCUGACCAGCGCGGAGGUGAACGGCUGCGCCGGGGCGCUCGGCGGCUGCAGUUGUAUAUUCUUCCAGGCGCCCCAGGCGGAGGACAGCGCGCAGAUGUGCGAGAUCAAUUGCGGCUUCGCCUUCGCCAUUGCGGGCAAGACCAAUCUGACCAAUGGCGGGCUGAUGGGGCUGGGGCUCGUGGGCAACGCGAAGCUCGCGACGCGGCUGGGGGCGAACGAGAUGGGCCGGGGGGGCGGCGGCGAGUGUAUCGAUGCGAAGGGCCAUUGGGCAUGCAGGAUGUGGGUGGGCAAGCUACUGCAGCUGCUCCGCCAUCGCAUGCCAUGCGGCGUGGAAUUGGAGUGCUCGGCCGCGGCGUGGCAGCGCCAACCCAGGGGGACCAACGACGUCUCGAGCGGCGGCGGCGCUCAGUAUUACGGCUGCGCGGUGCUAUCGUGGUCGCAGGGCAAGGGUUGCGUUGCCCGGGGGGCGGCCGAGAGCGAGCUGUGCGCCCGCGGCUCUGGAGCGGCGGGCGCGCUGGACCUAGCGUCGCUGAUGGAUGAGCGGGGGGAUGAGAUUGCGCCAGUGUUGGCCAGCGACGCGGCAGUGGCCUGCGCAUCGCGAAGAAGAGAGGCGCUGGCAAUGUGGGCGGCAUCGAGAUGCGCUGCGUUGCCCCGCAGCGAUGGCGAGAGCAGAAAGGGUUGGAUUUCGAGAAGAUUUGACAGCGAGGACGAUAUUUUGCCGAAGCCCACGGCCAUGGAGAAGCUCGGCAAGUUAUCGCGGCUGAUGGACGGGCGCGGAGCGCCGCGCUGCCCGCCGAGGCUGAGGGCGGCGCUCGAGCUGGUCCUGCUGGUCGCGGCCGUGCUCGCGGCGGCCGCGGGCACCUGGGGCACGGCCGCCCGCAUGCUGGGUCAGAGCGCCAGCGGCGUCCCCCUCGCCUGGAAGGCUCUGAAGGUGAUGGACGUCGACCGGAACGACCAAGUUGAUUUCGGAGAGUUCGUGGCCGUGUUCAGGGAGCAGAACCGUGGCCUCUCGCGCAGUGUCGCCGCAGACGCGUUCCAGAGGCUGGACUCGGAUCGGGACCAGGCGCUGAGCUCUGACGAGGUCGAGGACGUAGACGUCAGGCCGCCCGUCUUCGAGGUGGCGGACCGGCGGCGGCGGCAGCCAGGGGGCGCCUGGGAGAGCGUCUUUCAGUUCGUGACCUGCGGCGGGCAGUGCUCGAGGAGGAGGGAGCCGGGGAUGCCGUGGGAGCGGGCCGCCGUGCGGGCGCCGCCCCCCAUGGUUACGUGGUCCUUCCUCAUCUUCGUCGCGACCCCUCCACGUGAGAGCGGCAGAGGGGCUGGCGCCGCCGCGGCAGUGCAGCGGGGAGCGGCGGCUGCCGCAGCAGGGGGCCCUCGCGCCCGAGCGCUCGUUUCGCAUCUUCUUAUUGGAUGCCCACCAGCACAUCCUUUCAUUGCUGGUGGCUGUACGGAUAGUCGCGGAAGCCAUUCGCAUUUUAAAGCCUCGCCCGUUCGUUUGCACCUCUUGGUCCCAGCACGCGGGUCUGCAAAUGACGGGUUGUGA